AUGUCGGAACAACUAGCUCCACCAACAGAGGUCACUUUUAAUGUGAGUGAUUACUAUGAAAUCAAGGAUAUUAUAGGAGAAGGUGCAUAUGGUAUCGUGUGCUCUGCAAUCUAUAAACCAACCCAGCAGAAAGUGGCCAUCAAGAAGAUUCAGCCAUUUCAAAGAACAAUGUUUUGUCUUCGAACACUCAGGGAGCUCAAACUCUUGAAACAUUUCAAACAUGAGAAUAUCAUCGGAAUUCUGGAUAUUCAAAUACCUUAUGACUUUGAGCAUUUUAAUGAGGUCUAUAUUAUUCAGGAACUGAUGGACACGGACCUAAGUCGUGUCAUUCGCACCCAAAGAUUAAGCGAUAACCAUUGCCAAUACUUUUUGUAUCAGACGCUAAGGGCAUUGAAAGCUCUACAUUCCGCUAAUGUACUCCACAGAGAUUUAAAGCCAUCAAAUUUGUUGGUAAACGCCAAUUGUGAUCUCAAAAUCUGCGAUUUUGGUCUUGCUCGAUCAAUUGCCUCUAAAGAUGAUAACUAUGGCUUCAUGACCGAGUAUGUUGCAACACGUUGGUACAGGGCACCCGAGAUUAUGCUUACAUUUCAACAAUAUACUACUGCAAUUGACGUGUGGUCAGUUGGCUGCAUAUUGGCAGAGAUGCUUUCUGGACGACCCCUAUUUCCCGGAACCGAUUAUCAUAACCAGCUUCAGCUUAUAAUACAAACUCUAGGUACACCUACGGCAGAUGAUUUUAAUGUGAUAAAAUCCUGGAGAGCUAAAGAAUACAUUCGAAUGCUUCCAUUGUGCAAUAAAAAGCCAUUUUCUGAACUUUUCCCAGAUGCAAAUCCUCUUGCUGUUGAUCUCCUUGAAAAACUUCUAUCAUUUAAUCCAAAAAAGAGGAUUACAGUUAGACAAGCCUUGGAACACCCAUAUUUGUCAUUUUACCAUGAGCCUGAUGAUGAACCGGACGCGGAAAAAAUACCUGACGAUUUCUUUGAUUUUGACAAAAGAAAGGAUGAGCUGACAAUGCCGGAGUUAAAGAAGAUGUUGUACGAGGAGAUAAUGAAACCGUUGAGAUGA